AUGCGACCCGUUCCGUGGUUUCGAACGGAUCGGUUGAGUCUGCCAGGUUCCAAACGGGUGGCAUUCAAGAUGCUCACUGACAAAAAACGAUCAACCAAGAUGCGCAUUAACAAAAGAGAAAUGUCCAUGUUCAUCAUCAUGUUGCCGUUUUUGGUUCGAGGCAUCGAGGGUGGAGAAUCACAUUGGGGUUACCAGGAGGGUAAUGGUCCGGAGAACUGGCAAAAAACUUGUCAAGACGGAUUCAGACAAGUGAGUGAGAUCAGUUGUAUAUUAGUUUUGCAAGUUAAUUGGUUAUCUGGUAGUUCUGCAGUAGGUGCUAUUUCUUCAGUUGAGACAUAA